UUCAGCCAUGGCGUUCCCAAAUGGUCAAGCCAUGUCGGGUUCAUCAUCUCCACAGAGAAAGAUGGGAAGAGGGAAGAUUGAGAUCAAGAGGAUCGAGAACACCACAAAUCGCCAGGUCACUUUCUGUAAGCGCAGAAAUGGCCUCCUCAAGAAGGCUUAUGAGCUCUCUGUGCUUUGUGAUGCUGAGGUCGCUCUCAUCGUCUUCUCCACUCGUGGUCGCCUCUAUGAAUAUGCUAAUAACAGUGUGAAGGCAACAAUUGAAAGGUACAAGAAAGCAUGCUCAGAUUCUUCUGGUGCUGGAUCCACUUCUGAAGCUAAUGCUCAGUAUUAUCAGCAAGAAGCUGCCAAACUGCGUGCUCAAAUCAGUAACCUGAGGAAUAACAACAGGCAAAUGAUGGGGGAGACUCUGGCAGGAAUGAAUGCAAGAGAACUCAAAAACUUGGAGGGUAAGUUAGAGAGAGGCAUUAGCAGAAUUCGUUCCAAAAAGAAUGAGCUUCUGUUUGCAGAAAUCGAGUACAUGCAGAAGAGGGAGGUAGACCUGCACAAUAACAACCAGCUUCUUCGAGCUAAGAUAGCUGAGAGUGAGAGAAACCAGCAGCAGCAGCAGCAACAUAACAUGAAUGUGUUGCCGGGAGGCUCAAACUAUGAGGCAAUGCAGUCUUCAGAUGAGCAUCAGUUUGACUCACGAGGCUUCUUCCAGGUCACUGGUUUGCAACCUACUAAUCACUAUGCUCCCCAGGACCACAUGUCCCUUCAAUUAGUGUGAUGUACUUGUGACAUAUUUAAGAACUUCUGCUUCUUGUAUUUUGGCAUAAUGAUGGCAGAUGAAUGCUAGAGCUUAAACGCAACAAAUAUAUGUAUAAGCAGAAUUGUGUGAGAAAGAUAUAUAUUUUGAUGUAUUAGUUACCUCUAUGUACUGGCUUUAUUUGUAGACAUUAAUGAUAGCACUGAAUAUUCUGUAUUCAUGCUGAAAGCUGCUUAAAUUUGUGUUUAGCAUGAUAUAUGGAGAAGACGGCUUGACAUGUUUGAA